AUGGCUGACUUAUUUGCAGGUUUCGUCUGCCUGACAAAAAGUGAAUUCAAAAGCAUAUCGGAAGAUCAAGUUGAUGCAGAUUUUCGUCCAGAGGCGCAAUCAGAUGAUGAUAAUGACCAGGAUGAUUUGUAUGAUGAUGAGCCUGCUGGGGAUAUUGAAUCUACUACAUCCAAGCAAAAAAUGACACCACUUGUUAACAAAUGGACUUGGACCAAGACCAAAUUGAUUCCUGGUGAAAUUGACAAGGAUAUACAAUUUACUACAAGUGAUGAUGAAUUAACUCCACUGCAGUAUUUUAAAACACUUUUUGAUGAUGAAGUUAUAGAUUGUAUUGUAGAUCAAACUAACUUGUAUUCUGUUCAAAGAUCAGUAUUUCAUCAAUUUUUACGAAUUAAAACUUAUUAA